AUGGAUACGAACAUGGAGGAUGUCGGCCGCGUCCCCGCCGAUCUGCCCUCCGCCCAGAACCUUGAGCCCACCACGAUCCCGACCCUAGAUGGCUGGAUCGAGAGCCUCAUGAACUGCAAGCAACUUGUUGAAGCCGACGUUCAGAGACUCUGCGAGAAGGCGCGGGAAGUCUUGCAGGACGAGUCCAACGUGCAACCAGUCAAAUGCCCGGUGACAGUAUGCGGUGAUAUCCAUGGUCAAUUUCACGAUCUUAUGGAGUUGUUCAAAAUUGGCGGUCCCAACCCCGACACCAACUACCUCUUCAUGGGUGACUACGUCGAUCGAGGCUACUACUCUGUCGAGACUGUGACUCUCCUCGUCGCCCUCAAGAUCCGAUACCCACAGCGCAUCACCAUCCUCCGCGGCAACCACGAGUCCCGCCAGAUCACCCAAGUCUACGGCUUCUACGACGAGUGCCUCCGGAAAUACGGCAACGCCAACGUGUGGAAGUACUUCACCGAUCUCUUCGACUACCUCCCCCUUACCGCCCUUAUCGACAACCAGAUCUUCUGCUUGCACGGCGGCUUGUCCCCUAGCAUCGACACCCUGGACAACAUUAGGGCGCUCGACAGAAUCCAAGAGGUGCCCCACGAGGGUCCCAUGUGUGACCUGCUCUGGUCCGACCCCGAUGACCGCUGCGGUUGGGGAAUCUCGCCCCGUGGCGCUGGCUACACUUUCGGGCAGGACAUCUCCGAGGCGUUCAACCACAACAACGGUCUCACGCUUAUUGCGCGUGCUCAUCAGCUUGUGAUGGAGGGUUACAAUUGGUCGCAAGACAGAAACGUCGUGACCAUCUUCUCUGCACCCAACUACUGUUACAGAUGCGGUAACCAGGCGGCGAUUAUGGAAAUCGACGAACAUCUCAAGUACACGUUAUCCACGCAUGGCCACAAGAGGGGCAUACUGACCACACCUAGCCUGCAAUUCGACCCUUGCCCGAGAGCCGGCGAGCCGAUGGUCUCGAGACGCACACCCGACUACUUCCUCUGA